GCCGCCCGCUUUUGUUGGGCUGGGGCGGCGCGGAGCGCGGCGUGCGAGGACGGGCGCGCCAUCCCUCGCGGAGGAAGGAAGCGGCGCAGCAUCCCUCGCUGGGGCGGGCGCCCGGGCAGCGCCGAAGCCGGACGGGAGCCCCCGCGCUCCACACGCGGUUGGCGAGGCGAGAAGGGGACGGGCGGAGAGGGAGCGGGCCCCGCGGAGCUCCCACUGAAGGGGACCCAGUGAAGGCGGUUCUGAGGAUGUCGCUGCUUCAGGCCAUGCUGCUGUUCCUUCUCAUACUCUUUGGGGAGCUGCAUGCAGCUCCUGCUUCGGAGAGUGAUGGAGAAGGAAAGCCAGAGGAGAUGGUGCUCAGCUUUCCCCAGGAUGAAGCCAGCCUGAAUGAGAUGUUCCGUGAAGUUGAAGAGCUGAUGGAGGAUACCCAGUACAAGCUGAGGAAUGCGGUCAAGGAGAUGGAGGCAGAGGAAGAAGGAUCUAAAAGGAUAACAGGAAUUGACUUUGAGAAGCUGCCUGCCAAUUAUCACAAUGAAUCCUACACAGAAACAAAAAUUGGAAAUAAAACCAUUCACAGUCACCAAGAAAUUAAUAAGGCAACAGAUAAUCGGACUGGAUCCACUAGCUAUUCUGAAACAAUUAUUGCAUCAAUACAAGAAGGAGAACCUAAGAGGAAUCAUGAGUGCAUUAUUGAUGAAGAUUGUGAGACUGGAAAAUACUGUGAAUUCUCUGGUUUGGAGUACAAGUGUCAUAUUUGCAAACCUCCACACAAACAUUGCUCUCGAGAUGUGGAGUGCUGUGGAGACCAGCUCUGUGUCUGGGGAGAAUGUGCCAAGGCUGCCUCCAGAGGGGAGAAUGGCACCAUUUGCGAGAACCAGCAGGACUGCAACCCUGGCACGUGUUGCGCGUUUUCUAAAGACCUUCUUUUCCCUGUGUGCACACCGUUACCCAGAGAGCAAGAACCUUGCCAUGACCCUUCAAAUAGGUUUCUCAACUUCAUUACAUGGGAACUGGAGCCAGAUGGAGCCCUUGAUCGUUGCCCUUGUGCACAUGGAUUAAUUUGUCAGAGGCAGAGCCAUAGCAGUGAUUCCCUCUGUGAGCCAACUUUUCACAAGAACCAAACUGGAGCUAAGGAGACUCCUCUGCUAGAGGAUGGAAUAUCACUUCUGGAUUUUGUAGCUCAAGAUACUCCUGGUGAUUAUGAAGAGAGACUGAUCAAAGAAGUACAGAAAGGUUUGGGAGAAGAAGUUGAUGAUUCAAAGGCACUGGAUAUGGCCAGUGAGCUGUUUUUUGGAGAUGAAAUCUAAAUGAGUGAAUCAGGUUUAUUGGUCAUACACAGGCUUAGCAACUGAGCUAUUUGUUUGAUAAAACACACGCACACUCCAAACCCUCCCUUUCUGCUGGAUAGAAGUGCAAUGAUUGGGGACGUAUUUGACAUUGUUAUCCUCUGCUUUGACACAUAAUCUUCUAAAGCUCAAACUAAUUCUACAUUAAGCAUCCAACAUGGGCAGUGAUUCCUUUAAGCACACAUUAUUGAGUUUUAAACCAAACAUAUUUUUAACUUGUUAAUCAAUAAAUUAAUUAGUCUAUUUAAGUCUAUUAGUGGUGGUUUGAGCUCAGCAUUUUCUGUAUAUAUUGUUUGUUCUCUUAAAAAAAGAACUUUCAGAAGAACCUUCUUGAAUUUUAGACUGGGUUUUUAAUACAUGUACUGUUCUUUUUUUAAAAAAAAAUAUAAAUAUCUCUGGAAUUGCAAUAAUCA